GGUAGAUUUCCCAAACAAAGUUUGUGCUACGCCGGGAGAGGUCCGUUUAAUCUUGAAGUCAAGACGAAGUGCCUAUCCCAUGCAAAGGACCAAUGGCAUCACUAAACGAGUACAGUAUCACUAGAGAGGAGGCGCAUUGUUUCCUGCGAGAUGCCUUGCAGAUAGAAUCCAUAGACACCAAGCUCAAGACGGACAAAAUCGCUUUCCUGGACGAGCUGAUAAAGGCCAUUUGGCACCACAUCCCGUACCAGACUGUCACAGGUCUCUCGACGCCUCACGGGGAUCGAAGAUUACCUACAGCAACGGACAUCAAGAAAGAUAUCACCUCGAAACUGGGAGGCCUCUGCUAUCAACUCAAUGUCUUCGGUUGGAUGUUGCUUCGCGCUCUCGAGUUCGACGCCCUUCUCGUGGUCGGUGACUGUCGGACGUACAAGAGCAUCCACAUUGUGGUGAUUAUCAACAACGUAACCGAGCAGGGUACCAGGCAUAUUUUCGAUGUCGGGAUGGGUUAUCCAAUCCUUCAGCUGAUCCCGCUUGAUUUCGAGCAGGAAUCGCCUGUAUACUCCGACUCCUACAUGCGAUAUCGAUUCGUGCGUCAAGGAGACCAAGUGCUCAUCUUCCAGCUCAGUGUCGACACCAACCCAUCACAAGUGGCUACCUUUCGAGAAUACAUCCAGGAUGGUUGGAUUUCGUUCAUGUUUAUUCACCUUGACAAACCGGUUAGCGUACCGUUGAGUCCGAUGACGAGAGUCUUCACGGAGGUCGACUUGGGUCUUUAUUUUCUUACCAGUUUGCGUUGCUUGGCCUACCCGAAUGGUCGCAUGGUAUGCAUCCAGGAUUCGAAGCUACUCCUCGAGGACGAAGAGCACCGCGUGCAGGUUUCUCGCUUUACGUCACGUGACGAGAUUGUCGAAGCUUUUGCGCGCUAUUUUCCUCAGAUCCCUGAAGACAUGGUGAAUGCUGCUAUAGACGAUGUUACAAUCGAUUUCAAAAGAAAAUAGAUUGUAUCAUAUUUUUGAUUAAUGUAAUCCUUUUUAGUGAUUGGUCAACAUCAUGUGACCAAACAUGACAUUGCUAGAUGUUACCGCUAAUAAAAAUGUGCUAUACCAUGAAGUCAUCCAUGGUUGGCACUAUACCAUGGAUGACGUCAUAGAUAUGCGAUCGAUCGAUCAAGAUCAAUGUGAUAUCGGUGGCGGUGGCGGUACUGUCGUCUGCGCUGCUCUCACUGCACUCUUCACUACUUCAGUGACAGUAUACAUUAUCUAAGUUUUAUGAAGGUUGGUUUGGAAAAUAUAAAACAAAUAUAUAAUGCACUAUUUCAAGCCACUGGUGAAAUUAUGGAUUCCUCUAUACGACAGGAAAAGCACCUUUUUUUCGGGGCUAUGCCCCUCGGAAAAUAGUGGUAUUCCUGCCACCUCAAUCCAUAAUUUCAACUAGAACCUCUCAGUGCAUGGUAUAUUUGUUACUGCAGAGGCAAGUGACAAUAGAAUCGUUUUGGAAUUAAAUCGAAAAAGUCGACGUAUCUCAAAUCUUGCUUCGAUUACUUGCAUCUUACCAUGCAUUGUAUCUAUAUUUAACAUAACGUAUUGGUUAUUUACUCUUUAUUGUAAAGUUACGAUUAUUUUUUAAGGAAAUAUAUGAGGUCGAAAGAAAUACGACUAAUUCUAGGGAGAUACAAUUGAUUGGAUUGUAAUAUGUUACAGGGCCCAGAUAUUGUACAAACGCCAAUUAGUAAUCCCCGUGUAGAUUGUAGUUGUAUUUGAUGGAAGAAUGGUUACGUCCUUAUACGUUCUUUCUUACUCCUCGUGAAGAAGUAAUAUACAAUAUAUUCUUGUAUCGCUAGUACACAGGCUUAAGCCUUUGAGAACUAUGGUAUAGAACUUAAAGCCUCUCCUGGAUUCGGGCAAGAGGGUCCUAGUGAUACAGAUCAAUUUUACUUGCAGCGGUUGUCUGUCGUGUUGUGUUUCCUUUUAUAACUAGGUUAUGUUGCGAUGAUGAUGGUAGUGGUGUUUAGUAUAAAAAUGUCUUUCAAGUACAAAUUUAAGGCACAGAAAAGCCCAAAACGAGGGAAUUAUGCUAAGCAUAAGGGCAUUAUUAU